GCGGGUGUGCGCGCGCCGCCUAACGACCUUCUGGGCCGACGGUCGGCAGGCGGCGGCGGCGUGUGAAUGGAGGCCUCGGCCCCGGGCCGGGCGCGGCGGGGCUGGCGGCGGGCCCGGGCCGCGGACUCCCCGCUCUCCCGGGCCGCGGUGGUCCUGGUGGUCUCCGCGCUGGUGCUCUGGGCGCCCCCGUCAGUUGGAUAUUUGGAUCGAUUACCAAGAAAUGCUCACUUGCCCCAAGAUUCAGUGAAAAUAGUGGGAUCACCAAAUAUUCCAGUGAAAGUAUAUGUUAUGCUCCAUCAAAAGAGUCCACAUGUGUUAUGUGUAACCCAGCGGCUGCGGAAUUCUGAACUGAUAGACCCAUCAUUCCAGUGGCAUGGGCCUAAAGGAAAAAUCAUUUCAGAAAACAGCACUGCACAAAUCACCUCCACAGGAAGCCUUGUAUUCCAGAACUUUGAGGAAAGCAUGAGUGGUGUUUACACAUGUUUUCUGGAGUAUAAACCUACUGUGGAAGAAGUCAUUAAGAAUCUCCAACUGAAAUAUGUUGUAUAUGCUUAUCGUGAGCCGCAUUAUUAUUACCAGUUCACAGCUCGAUAUCAUGCAGCUCCCUGCAACAGUAUCUAUAAUAUUUCUUUUGAGAAGAAACUUCUUCAGAUUUUAAGCAAACUUGUUCUUGACCUUUCAUGUGAAGUUUCCUUACUUAAGUCUGAAUGUCAUCGUGUUAAAAUGCAAAGAGCUGGUUUGCAAAAUGAAUUGUUUUUUACAUUUUCAGUUUCAUCUCUAGACACUGAAAAAGGACCCAAGCCAUGUGCAGACCAUAGCUGUGAAUCUUCCAAAAGACUAUCUAAGGCUAAAAAUCUCAUAGAGCGGUUUUUUAAUCAACAAGUGGAAGUUUUGGGCAGACGUGCAGAGCCAUUGCCUGAGAUAUACUAUAUUGAAGGUACCCUCCAAAUGGUUUGGAUUAAUCGCUGCUUCCCAGGGUAUGGAAUGAAUAUCCUGAAACACCCACGAUGUCCUGAGUGCUGUGUAAUCUGCAGCCCUGGAUCUUAUAACUCCCGUGAUGGAAUUCACUGCCUUCAGUGCAAUAGCAGCCUGGUGUUUGGAGCAAAAGCAUGUUUAUAGGCCCAUUUUGAGCUUGUCGAUGGUUUGUCAAACACAAAAGUAUAUUUUUGAAGUAUUAAUAUAUAAUAAAUCACUAUUAUGCCAAAAUUAAAUGUAUUAGAUUUUACCAAAAAAAAAAAAGAUGUCAUUUUAAUUGAAAUACUGUAUAUCCAAAUUCUUUAU